CUCCGGAGGCGGGGCUCGGAACGCGACCAGGAGGGCGACGCGGCGGCCGCAGCCAUGGGCGCUGGGCCUGCGGGGGCGCGGAGGGGGCUCGAGCAACUGCCGGGCGGGGCUGGAGAGACCGCCGCCGGGACUGGCCCUCGACGCUGAGCCGCGGUGGGGUCCCCGCCGGUGCUGCGAGGGCCUGUGAGCGCGAGCGAGGCGCGUCGGGGGAGCCGGGCAGCCGUCGGCCAUCUCAGUGGGGGGCCUGCCUGGCAGCUGAGCGGAUUGGGAGGACCGUGUGGGCACAUCUGGGGGUGCGUAGACCCCGCCGGGCACGUUUCGGGAGCAGGGUCGCGUCCUCAGAAGCCGCCGUACACCGCCGGGGGCACCGCCGGGGCCCGGCGCCGCCUGGGUCAAGCCCCCGGGGCGUCCCUGGAUGGCUGAGUUGACCCCUUGCCGGCCGCCCGGGCGCCGCAGCGGCUGAGAUCGCUGGGAUCGCCGGGCCGCCGCCCUCGCCGACCCCUGCAUGCCCGGCGCCCGGGUCGCGGCCCACUUGGACGCGCUGGGCCCCCUGGUCCCCUACGUGCCGCCGUCGCUGUUGCCCUCUAUGUUCUACGUGGGCCUGUUUUUCGUCAAUGUGCUGAUCCUAUACUACGCCUUCCUCAUGGAGUACAUUGUCCUCAACGUGGGCCUCGUCUUCCUGCCCGAGGACAUGGACCAGGCGCUCGUGGACCUCGGCGUGCUCUCCGACCCCGGCUCGGGCCUCUACGAUGCCGAUUCGGAGCUCGAUGUCUUCGAUGGUUACUUGGAGUAGGCUUGACUGCAGUCCUCCCCUGCUCCCAACGACCCGCACCCCUCGGCCUGGACCAGCCGCCCAAAUCAUGCCGCCGCUGCUGGUUGGGGGCAUCGUCGGGCCAGGGAUGGGAUCCCCAGGACGAGGCCGUCUCCGGCCUCCAAGACCUGCCUGCUUCCCCCGAAAGCUCCGUGCCAACAGAGAGGUUUCCAUCCGGACCCAGGAGGGUGGGGCGGAGAGAUUGAAACUGAGAGCGGAGGCCCAGAAGGCCUUUGCCCCUAACCAAGGGGAAAGGCAGGGGCGUCCGAAGACCUCCCCCGCCCACAGCGUCGCACAAAUGGCCUUGCCUUGGCUUAUGACCUUUCGCAGUUGCGAUGGAUGUUUACAAGAACCCAGCCAGAGUCUGCCUCCCCGCUCUUCACCCCCGACUGCACCUGCUUCUCCCACUUAAUCUUGCGAGAGGAUACUUCAAACUGCGGACACACACAGAAGCCACUCCCAGCUCCGUCUGAUGCCAGUGGAGCCCACAGCCCGGCCAGGUUGGGCCCGAGGCUGGUCUUAGAUGCUAUGACUAUUUCAGGGAGUAAGUCAGAAGGAAAAGAAGCCACAGAUCGUGUCAGGGGCCGAGGGUCGGGUGUGACUUAUUCAUUUCAAGUUGCUGUCCUUCAUCAGGUUGCCAGGACUGGUCCAUCAUGCCAGGGGCAUGCCACGUUGCUCCUCUGGCCAGAAAUAUUUUUGAAAAUGUGAGGGGUAUGAAUACUUGAUGUUGAUAAACCUGUAAAAGCAAUACUUAGGCUGACUUCUUUCAAUUAAAACAUGUAUGCAACUCCA